AUGAUGAACGAUUUAGAAGGAAAAAAUAUCAUUCAUCAUACUUAUGAAAAUUGCCUUUCCUAUCUUGACAUCAUGUAUAAAUGUUAUGCUUGUGAGGAAAUGUUCAUUGAUCCAAUGUUAAGAUCUGUUCAUGCAUCAACUCAUCCGGAUAAUCUUAUUGCUGGUAUUGAUAUUCAUUCCAUAUCAAUUGAUGAUAAUCAAAAUACUGAUCAACAGGAGUAUGGUCUUAGAUAUUUUGAAGAUGGUAAUGGGCUAAUUGAUAGUAAUAAUACUAGAGAAGAAGAUGAAUGGAGUAGAGGUUGUGAUGAUGGUAAAAAUAAUAAUGAAAAAGCUUUCAUAUGUAGUGUAUGUGGUAAACAAUUUGGAUGUUCCUCCUCACUCCAAAGGCACAAUCGUCUCCAUAAAGGAUCUCUAUGUUAUAAAUGUGUCAUAUGUUCGAAAACAUUUACUAGAACUGAUACAUUUAAUAUUCAUGGAAUGAAACAUAUCCAGGGUUAUGCUGGUCUUGAAUGCCCGUUACCUAACUGUACUCUUACACUUAAAGGAGUUGAUGCUGUUACUGAACAUAUCAAAACAUCCCAUGAGAAUAGUAUUUUUAAUUGUAAGGAAUGUGGCAAAGGAUUUACAAGAAGUGAAAAUUUAAUGAUACAUUACUAUAAUUUUCACGGACCCCUUAAAAUCAAUAGGACAUUAUGUAAAGUUUAA